AUCACGUACCGGAAGUAGUCAGGGUGACAUUUGGAAUAGGACGAAAGCGGAGGCAUGUUUGCACUGAACUUGUGACAUGCCUCAUCUCUUAUCUUAAUGCGUUUUAUUGUGAUUUAUGGUUAAAUUUGUCUGCUAAAGAACAAUAUGGCCUCGUGGACCUGUCGAUUUCUUCUUCGGCGAGGAACUCGUCUCCUUUCACAGCGGUCGGCAACUAAAAGUCCUCUUCAGUUAUUGGGCUGUGUAAGAACAGUGAAGAGCACGACAUGGUUCGAUGAACACCUCACAGAAGACAAUACAGAGUAUAUGAGGAAGAGCAUCAGUGAAGAAUACAGGAAGAUGACAGCUGACAAACUCAACCCACUCAAAGAUGAACCUUGGCAACGACAUGAAUGGACAGAGGGCAGUCGGAGGGUGGGUUUAGUGGCUCUGAAGUUGGGGAUGAUGCCCAUAUGGACAAAAACAGGAGAAAGACAUGCAGUCACAAUGUUGCAGGUGCAGGACUGCCAUGUAAUAAAACAUCUUUCCAAGGAAGAGUUUGAUGGACGCACAGCUGCACUUGUUGUGGGAGGAAAAAAUGUAUCACCGUUCUAUCGUUCCGAGGAGCACAUGGAAAUGUUCAUGAAUGCAGGUGUGCCGCCCAAACAGAAGGUCACCACCUUCAAAGUCUCAGACAAUGCUGUCAUCAAGCCUGGCACUCCUCUUUAUGCUGCACAUUUCCGUCCAGGCCAGUAUGUGGACGUCACUGCCAAAACGAUUGGGAAAGGAUUUCAAGGUGUGAUGAAGCGAUGGGGCUUCAAGGGUCAGCCAGCCAGCCACGGUCAGACAAAGACCCACAGAAGACCAGGAGCCUCUGGACCUGGGGGACCAUCCAGAGUUAUGAAAGGGAAGAAGAUGCCUGGCCAAAUGGGAAACCGUUAUAACACAGCACAUGGACUCAAGAUAUGGAGAGUCAAUACCAAGUAUAAUAUACUGUAUGUGCACGGCACCGUGCCUGGUCACAAAAACUGCUUACUGAAGGUGAGGGACACCGUGCUGCCAACUAGAAGCUCCACACUGCUUAAUCUUCCAUUCCCAACCUUCUUCACCGAAGAGGAAGCAGACCUGGAUGAAGACCUGUAUGCUGAAGACAUGUUUGUGCACACAGAACCAUCGUUAACACUGACAUGACCACAUAACAUUCACACCAACACACACCCGCACAAUACUCACAUCUAUGCUUGUAAAGAGUACCACAGGCCUGCAGUAAAAAUAAUAGCUUAGAGUGUCUACUGCCUCUCUUAUUUACGUGUGUGUGUGUGGGGGGGGGGAGGUGCGCGCGAUUAAAGCACGUAACCAGACGGUUUGAUCUAAACAGUUAUUGUGGCCCUUUCCCAUGAAACCAUGGUAACUGUAGAAGUGAUGAUGUCACUAGAGGGUCCCCGAGCAGAGAGAGAAAAGUAGGCAGUGAAACAAAACAAGAUGGAAAAAAAGGGCACAUAUGAGAAAAAUGUGAAAUAUUUGUGCAGGACGCAGGCUGGAAGAUAGGAAGGCGAGGGUGGAGUGAGGAGGGGGCCUGGAUACAAUGAGUUGCAGAAAGCGGAGUGAAAGACUGAGGGGAAUGUAGAAAAGAAGGCAGGGGUGGAAGGAUGAAUGGCCCGACGGCAUGGAAGGAAGUACAAAGACGUAUAAAGCGUGAGGGAGAAAGGAGGGUGAGGUGACAUGCUGAAGGUGAGGAGGCUAGCUGAAGAGGGGACGGGGGGAGGCAAGGAUGGGUGCUGACAAAGGUUGACAUUUGUGCAUAAGAGGAUAAAUGAUAUUAAUGUUGCAGCAGGAACUGCUGGGGGCUUAAGUGUGUGUUUAGCUGCUGGUAGGGUGCUGCCAGGCGCUGACGAAUCCCCAUUCAGCAUCUGACGGACCACUCCUCGCUUUUAUGGGGCAAUGAAUAAAUGAGAAGCAAGUCCAUUCUUGUUUAGAGUAAACACAUCCUGUGUGGACUUCAGUCCCAGUCUCUGCCAGAGUCUGCGCUGAAUCUGCUGUUUAAUUGACAGCAGCAGAAACCGGGCUUUUUGUCAGAGACUUUGAGGCGAGGCAGCGAUCCCUCUCAGAGAGUUCUGCAGCAACUGCAUCAACACACGAGCGUCAGUGCUUUCCCUCUAAUUGAAACAACACGAUAACUGGUUUGCUCAGAAAACCUCAGCCACCCGUAGUUGUCGCGGUGAUAAAAGAUGCAACGUGAUGAUGCACUUUGAAGCAGACUACGUCCAGCUCCGUUCAACACGCCACGACUUGUACCAUAGGUUCAUGAAGCAGCAGGAGCAGGAGCUCUUUGAAAUGGUAAUGAUAUUUUUUUCAAAGUCUUGCUCUGUAGAGCCUGCACAUCAUCAGGCACUUGUGGGGGUGGACAAGAGGAGAGCAGGCAGAGAAUGUAGGGUAAGGAGGGAGUCUUUGCCUGUUAAAGCAGUAGAGCAGAAAGACGAGACGACGAAUCCUGGCCUUGUUUCUGUAAAUGUUGUCUCCGCUGACUUUCUUAAGAUGUGUACUCCAGCUGAGUGUAAUGGACCGUUCACUUCCUCUGUGCAUAACUAGGUUGGUCAGUUUUAGCAGUUCUUCCUCAAUUUCGGGAGACAGAAAAUCAUUUGUGCAUAUAAUCUAAAGUUUAAUGUACUUUAAAUACCGUUGUCUCCAAACUACAUUCAGUGAGAAACUUGCUGUGAAUGAAGUACGUCAUAAAGAACAUCACUGCAGUUUAAUACUCUUCCUUGUGUUAACUUUCCCUCUUCCAGCAACUCUCCUCCACGUUCACCUUAGCCAUUAACCAGACAGAUGGCUUCACAUCCUAUCAGUCGGUUUCUGCCACAAAUGUUUCUUCCUUUUGUGAGAAUCGAACCACUUCUUUACACUGAUAUUCAAUACCAAUCCAAUGUCGUAUUUAGCAUUUCUUUAAUUUGCAAUCUCGACAUGAAAAUGGCUUCUCUAGCAAACUCUCUGCACAUUUACCAUUAAGAAUCCAAUUUUAAAAUAUAAGUUUUAAUUUAUAGCUAUACAAAUUAAUUAACUAGCCACAAUUUGUCCACAAUAAGCAUUAAUCUUGCAUUAGGCAAAAUUAAUCAAAAAUAGCCAAGUCAAAGGGGAAAAGCAAAAUUUAACCAAUCAUGUAUCCAGAAAAAGUUACUGCGAAUACUUUGUACAAACUACUCAGACAAAACCAGACAGAAGUUGAAUAAAGUCUGACAAAAAGUUAUACUAUAUUCUAAAAGGAAAACUGUGCAUUAAAUAAAACUAUCCCAUUUUUCCCCUAAAAAAAUUCUAAUUGUGUUUUUGUUGAUCAAAGAUCCCCUUUUCAGCUAUAAAAAGACAGUCCCUUAUACUGUAUUACACCCUUGUAUUAGUGUUUGCUAAUUCUAGUGUGCUCACUUUUUUCUUGCAAACACCAGAAAGAUAAAGGCUCCAAGGUUCCGAAAACUAAAUCAGCACUGAGUGGAAAAAAAAGCACAAGAUUGCAAGUUGUUAAAUUUAAGUUCCAGCCCUUUUAUCGACUUUCCUUAUAUCGGAUUCCCAGCUGCAUUUACAUUUGCUAAUUAGAGAGCGAGGGAAAGGUUUGGCUGAAGCUGAAUUUUGCAAGGAAAUGAUUUGGAGGGUGUGAGUGAAGGUCAGUGUGUACGACUGUGAUGGAUCUACGGCUGUACUUCUGCUGGCUCCACACAUGAGGAUAUCCAUUAGUAAAGAGGACACACACACACAUGCAUUCAUACACACAUUGAUACACACAUAUAUCCACUCAUCAAAUGCUUUGCACAUACACAUGCUAUACUUUACCGUCUCCUUAGUAGGCAACAUCCGACAUCCAAGAAUGGUCAGCACUUACGCUCCCAUUUCCUUGCACAAAAAGUGCUGGCCUGACCUGCGGAAAACACACGCACAGGAGAGCGAGAGAGAAUGUGUGUGAAGCUGUGAGCUUAGCCGUAUGAAUUAUUGAGUGUGUUAUUUGAGGGACAGCUGGCUGUUGAACACAUUAACUCUCUCAGUGAGACAGAGGGUUAGGAGUUAGCAGAGUCACUAAGCAGGAGGAAGGAGGAAAAUGAAAGAAUGUUAAUAAAACACAUUUUAUGCUAAUGUUAUUAGGACCAAAGUCAUCGCAGCCUCAAAACAGAGCGGCUUGUGUCACAUGUGAGGUUCAUUACGGAGCCUCAGUUGGAUUGUUUGCUCUGCUAUUCCCAAACCUUCAUUUUCUGUCACUUUUGGAUUUAUUUAAUUAUGUUCUGACACUUAUUGCAGCUUCCACAGCUUGAUGAAGAGGGAGUCAUUAUCAUGUGUUUGUGUUUAUUUGGAUUAUGAUAAUUUAGUUCAGUAACAGCCAUUUCAUUAGGGUAUAAAUGGUAGAGUGAGAAGCAGCCUGCUGCUUUUUUUUCUUUUUCACUAUCACCGUGCAUCCCCCUAAGCCACUCUCCUCUGCGCCCAUGGUCCUGCUGUGCCAAGCCCCACUCAAAAGUGCACACCUGCGUCGCAUGAGAGAAAGCAUGUAUGUGUGAAUGUGUGUGUGUGUUCAAAUGUCUGUUUGUUCCAUGCCCCCCACCUGUGUUGGUAAAUUUGGUUUCCUUCCUCCCAGCACCACUGGGUGAGGGCAGGGUGCAGCCCCAGGCUCUCCACCUUCUCUACAGGUGGUUAAAUGUGUUGGUGUGUGCUGGUUCUUGAUGCCUUUUCAGGACCACGUUGGUAGCAUUAGUGAUUUAUUUUUAGUUUAAAACUGUUCCUAAUCACCAUGCAGACUGCUGCUGUGGCGACCCCUAAUGAGGGGAAAACCAUAAGCAACAGAAAUCCUUCUUUAUUUUUACAUGAAGUCUCUAGGACUACAUCAGUAACUAUAUAGUAGUAUUGAAUCAUGUUGUACCAUACAGCUACAAUCAUUUAAUCCAUGUCCCUCAACACAAAAAUGUGGCCACCCCAGUCUGUUCCAGAAAAAGUAUCAGUCCAAGUACAAGUCCAAGUUAAAUAAAGAAAAUGUGAGGUGUGUCUGUGUCCCUCCCCUCCUGCCUGUGUCUGCUGUGGUAAUCAGUGUGAUCACACUCACCUGUGUCAUUAGGUCGUUAGUCUCACUCAUGUCACCUGGUGCCUUCAUGUCUUCAGGUCACGUCUAUGCUUUGUGUAUUGCUCCUCUGAGAUCCUGAUUCUUAAUGCCUGGAGCUACUAUCCCAUGAAGUGAGUGUGUUCUUUUUUUUAACUUUGUUAAUGAACUUCCUGCUCCUGAUCUUGCUCUGCUCCUGAGAGCUGCAUUUGAGUCCUGCCUGCUUCCUGCAAUCCUAGAACGUGGCAGAAAAAGUCGCAUUUAAGUCUUAAUAAUUUCAGUAAACAAAUGAUGGUUUGAGUUGAGUCCUGAGUCAAGGGCCAAUAGGUUCAAGGACAAGUCAAAGUCUGUGUUCUGGUCAUUGGUGUGUUUGAGCAGUGUAGUACUACAGCACUGAUGGGUUGGUGCUGAGAGGGUUAAAGGUAUAGGCUGUGGUUGUCUGAGGUCAAUGCAGUCUUUAUUAAACUAGCUGCUGAGGUAACAAUGAGUGUGUGUGUGUGUGUGUGUGCUGUUUCUAAUUUACACUCUCUCACAGACCUGUCACCUACUGUCUCUCACUCUUCCCCCUCAAUUAAACCCUGUACCUGAAGAUCUGAGUCAUCUCUUUUUUUCUUUUUUUUGUGCCAACUGAGAUACAAAGUUUAGUAGUUUCAUUAAAAAAAAAAAGGAAACUUUUCAAAAAAAACCUGGAAUACAAAGGUCAUCUGGGAAUGUGUACCAUGAGACCUUUUCCUAACCAAAAAGACGUGGACAGGUGGGGCAGAUAAGGUUCAUCGCCCCAUUACAGGUGCAAAUUAUCUGCAUUAACCCUUUAACUGAUUUUGCGUUGACCUGCUCUUUAAAUGUGUGCAUUAUUUUGUAGGUCUUAAAUGAACCAUGUUGUGACUGUGAGGUAAAUGUCAGAGGUUUUCAGCCGGAAACCUUCGCCACAAGAAUGUGACCACGGGACAUCGAGUAAAUCAAUAUGGAAGCCAAGGGAGAGGGCGAGGGGGGGGGCGGUAAAGAGAGGGUAACGUUGCAGAAGGGGAGAGACAAAAAGACAGCAGACAACAGGGGAAAAAGUGCGGGAGACAAUGGGAAGGCAGGGGAAGGUGAAGAAGAGUAAACCCAAUCUGGAGAGAUUGUAUAUUUUUGGCGAUGACAAAUCUACUGUUACAGGACUUUUUCUGCCCACGGCUCAAACUGUAGACCCAAUGUCAUUGUGGUGUACUGUGCUGUGUAAACCCAGUCCACCACAUUGACCCAGGACAUUGAUGUUUUUGGGCUCCAGUUUAAGACGUUUAAGACGAUAUGACAGGUUCUCAGCUGUUAGCCUUUGUGAAAAUUUGAAAGUCGCAAACUAAACAUUUGUUUACUUGAUUGGACAACUUCUUGAGUCACAAAAAUACUAUGAAUAUUUAUUGCCUUAAAGUUGUUACUCACUGGUCUGGAAACUUAAACAAGCAGCUGCUGUGUGAACAACAAGCUUAAGAUAAAAGGGAGGAGAAAGUCUCUGAAUGCAUAAACAAAAAAAUUUGAAUUAAAAAGAAAAUGAGUGAAGAUUAGUGAUGUGAGAUGAGACUGGAGAUUUUCUGAGGAGUUUUGUUGUAAUUGUAAAAAGUACACAAGGUUGCCUUAAGAAUUUUGCAAACCCCUUAAUAUGUGUAAAUGCCAGUUUAUUACAGUAAGUACUAUACUUAUAAUUCAAACCCUUAAGCCUCGUGUGACAUUUGAGAAUGUUAUUUAUUUGCACAAUUCUUUUGUGGAGCAAAGAUUCACACAGUUCCCAUCCUCUGAAAGUAGGCGUUGUCGUGGAGAGGUCAUAAAAGCACCAGCAGGAAGACAGACAGUGGGUGGGGUCUGUGACUACGACCCUCCAGAGAGAGCAAAGCGAAUUAAAACUUUUUAAAACUCGCAGCACACAGCAUCCACCAUCGCAGCUUCAUGCUGACUGUGUGUGAAACAGCAGAUAUGUUGGUCUCACUGAUCACUUCAGGUUCUACAGUCAGCAGUCUGCGCCUGUAGGUCAGAAGAUACAGUCACUUUUCACUAUGUACGUUAAAGAAGGCAGAUGACAGAUCCAAGCUUUGGCAGAAGAAUUCAAAAAAUUACACUACUAAUUAAAUUCACUUGAAUUAAAAAAACUGUGAGGGUGGGCUGCCAUCAUUCUAGAAAAAAAACAUCUGAUCUGCGUAUGUGUGUGUUUGAGCUUAAUGGUGUGUGUGUUUCACAAAGCAGACGGAAUGAGAGAUGGAACGAGUGACCUGACACGAUUGGGUUGAGGGGACAUAUUUUGAAUAUGUACAGUGUCAUAAUAAGACAGAUGACAUUGUGAGGACAUUUUUGGUUCGUCGCUACUUUAAGACGAGACAUGAUUACUUAGGACAAGGGAGAGAUUAAGAAUUUGUUUAUGAUUAAGUUUGGGGUUGUAUAUUUUUCAAAAUAAUAUCGAUGACUUCUUAAUAUCCUCAGGAGGAUUGGGAAACGUGCGUGUGUGGCAGUAGGGAUGUGUGUGUGUUAUGAAGAGAGGGAGGGACAUGGAGGGAGCAAAAGAAAAUUGCAUUUGUUUCAGGUCAGCAAAAACACUUAGCAGCCUUACUUAAAGAGACAGUAAUGAAUUUGUAGCUAAACCACAAAUACAGUACGCACACACAUACACAUUAUUAGUAAUGUUGGCAGGGGUCUAAUGGGAUGCCCCAAGCGCCUAACCACAAACCUAACAAUCACCACUAAACACUUUAACCCCAGAGGCAAGUUUUAACGCUGCAAAAGUUGCAUCCCUCAGAGAGAACCUCACUUUCUCACCUACUGAUUUAAGCUGAUGUAUCAUCAGCCCAGCAGAUUACAUGGUUACACACACACACACACACACACACACACACGGCUUUAAACCUGUGCCUUAUCUCAGCAGCACUCGUCUUUCCUGCAGAUCUUGUGUGAUAAACAUGAGACUGCUGCAGAUAACUGUGGACUAUGAUGAAAUGAUCAGUUAUCACAGCAUCAUGUUGAUUCAGCACACAGUCCCUCAGUCGGCUCAGGGAAUGCUAAUGAAGAUGCAGAUCAGUGGCCUCACUGUGCCUGCUGCUCCGAUCUGCCUUUACAGUAGCAGCGACCACUGGACGGUGGUGCAACACUGGCCUACAGUGGCAUAAGUUGGAACUGCAUUUAGGCACACGCGGUUGCGCAGUAAAGAUUGAUCAAAUGAUCCAUUAAAUGUUAAUAAUACUUUACUGUACAAAUAUUUAAUCGUUUAAAUUUCCUCUAAGGCAAAUCAGUGGAAUUACAUACAGAUUUAUUUCUUAGAAUUGCACAAAUUUUAUUACGAUGUAAUUAAAUUAAACGCACCCAAUUUCGAAAAGAUUUCUACUGCACUUCAAAUUCUGCUGUAAUUCCCCUGACUCUGACAUUAAACAUACCUUGCCGUCCUCAGGUGACGUGAUAACUGAUGACGUGUUUGAUAUCUUUGACUGUAUAUUUGAAUUAACGGCCGAUAUAUUUUCAAUAGACAAACAUAUUAAUAUUUUUUUAGUAAAUUAUUGUUGUUAAAACUCUAUCCCAAAUUUAUUUCGAAUGAAAAAAAUAUAUAUAAAAAAGAACCAAAUUUUUACCAGUUACUUUUACAGCAAGAAACGCCUCGCAAUACACACUCUGCCCACAAGGGUGUGACAGAGACUUUUGAUGUAUUUUCUGGCUCUAGGGAACAUUAAAUAUCUAAAUUAUUGUUGUAUUUCGUCUUCUUAAUAGUUUUUGCUUUAUUUCAUUCAGCUUUCCACACAAUUCUGAAUCCAUAACUGCACAUUUUUGACAUUUCACAAUUUAAUAUGGGUUAGAAACAUGUAAAAACAUAUCAAAAUAUUUUCAAUAACACUGAAAAAUGCAACACAUUUAUAUAAACGUAAUGGAAAGUGUUAGGUUAUGUUACAAACGUUCUAUAAAACCUUUAAACUUUUUUUAAACAUUUCAACUUGUUGUAUGGCACUAACGUCAUGAGAGAAAGAGAGUUGGUUUGCAUGUUGUGGUUUAAUUCUAUUUUGUGUUCAUGAGUGCAAUAACCUGAGUUUUAAGAGUUGAAUUACUCUAAGGUGUCUGUGACUGUGUGGUGACGACACAGUGGUUUUAGAAUUUAGUUUCAUAAAGGUCAGUGGUGAAUACACAGUUUCACUGGCUCUGUGGAUCAGGGGCAGGUGCUUCAUUCAUCCUCUCGGUAUAAAUCUAGCAAAGCAGGUACAAACAAGGGUGAUGGAUGAACUAUGGUUGUAUAAAUCACUAUGAACACAGUUAGAGCCACGAUGGACAUAUCAGUGCACAGAUUAGAACAUGACAAAUGUUUGUUCGCCUGAAUUUAUGGUUGCAAGGCCAAACUAAAGUAGGUGAAGGUCCGGUCAGGAGAGUGGUGGUAGGGAUCGAGUGCUGACUGGACUGUACUUCCCAGCGGCUGAUGGUGAUGGAGGAGGCUGGGUGAGAUGAGGUGAGGAGGGAGAUGGAUGAAUGUGUCUGCUGUUGUGCUCCCUGGAGUCGGAAGCUCGAGAUCGACCUCUGGGCAGGCGUAUUUGGGGUGGGGUGGAGGCAGAUUUGGGCAUGCACUUGUACUGGGACUGAGAGUGGUGAGAGGGCAGAUGGCAGGUCGAGGAUGAGAAGAACUCAGGUGCUGAAUGGCGAAUGGGUGAUGGAUGACGGGCAGCAGAGGACUGACGGUUGGGUGAGGACCGCUUUGCAGACAAGGGCUCAUGGUUAGCAAGUCGAUACUCCUUGGUGUUUUUGGGUAAUUUGGGUGACUUAGACAUCUUAGGUGACUUUGUUGGCUUGGGUGAUUUGGAAAUAUGCUGAGAGGAAGUGUAAGAGUUUACAGGGGCAAGAAUUUGGCUAGGAGAGGUAGAGUCUCCAUUGUUAGUAUAUUUGUAGAGGAAGACAUCAUAUUGAAGGGGUUGGCUGGUCUCUGGGUGGCGCUUGGCCUCUUUGGGGAGAAGCACCUCCAGCCCAAUAGUGACUCCAUCCUGAUUCAGAAAUAAGGCAUGUAAAAAUGAUGCAACAAUCAUAAAGGUAUAGUUAUAAAGCAAAUAAAAAUUGUGAUUUAACAUAAAGUUCUUGAUCAUUUCCCUGCAAAUCAACUUACCGUUAGUCUCCAUGUGUUUGUUUAUAUUUAUCGGCCUACAUAUUUUCAAAGAAAUUUUGAUUAAAUGUAUUGUAAAGUAUUUAAAUAUCUUUUUACUCUUGGGACACUGUCCAUGGUGCUGAAAAGUCACACGGUCACCACUUGUGCCUGGUAAAAAUCUCUUAGUUGCCAACUGUUGCACUGUUGAAGCAGGGUCAGCCAUGCUGGAGGUAUUAUUAGUGCAGCAGAAGUUAUUAAGUGAAGCUUUAUUGUGAGAGAGGUUUGCAGAGAAGUGACAGGAAGGAAGAAAGAAGGUCUAGAGGGGAAGUUAAGGGAAGUAGGCUCACAGGAAAACACGGGGACAAGCAGGAUAAAAUUAAAAAGAUUUAUUCCAACCACUGUCAACUAUGUAUACCCAAAAAGUACAAAAGAACCUCAAGUACAAUAAAGUAUUAGAAAUUACAUUGAAAAGCAAGACACGGCAUGUAUCAUAUAUGUACUGUAUAUAGAUUCAAAUAUCAACUCCAAGCAAAUACUUUCACCUCUUAUACUCUAGACAUAUCCACAUAUGAACAAUCUCAAACAGGAAUAUUUCUCAAAUACAUUUUCACUUGUUUUCCACUUACUUCUUUUGCAAGUAUUAUGUUUUCAGACACAUUUCGUUGCAAACACCAAUGCAUGCGAGCAGAGAGAGAGCCACAGUAAGGCAGGGGAGGCUAGGGGUGAGGGCAUAGGAAAGAGAGGGCAAGGGUUUGGGCAAACAAGAGCGCAGACAAUGAA